AAAAAAAAGAAAGAAAGAGAAAGCAAGUAAUUAUUGAGUUUGUUGAAGUGAUCCAAGAUGAUGAGUAACUAGUAUUUCAUUGAAUUGCAGCAAAAAAUGAUGGGUGGGAACCCUAACCCUAACUGGUGGAAUAUCCCUCAUCAUCAUCAUCAGUAUCUUGUUUGCAGCACUGGGGAAGAUGACUAUUCACACAUCAACAUUAACAUGAACUUGCUAGAUUUCACUUGUAGCAAGAAGCUACCACCAUCACCACCAGCAGUAUCCUACAAGUGUAAUAGUAGUAGAAUUAUUAGCACUAACAAGAACAAGAACAAGAAAGGUAGGGUUUCAAGCCAACAACAUCUCAUCAAGGUGAGAAAGGAGAAGCUUGGUGAUAGAAUCACAUCCCUUCAUCAACUUGUUUCUCCAUUUGGAAAGACUGACACAGCUUCCGUUCUAUUGGAAGCAAUUGGAUAUAUAGGAUUCCUUCACUCUCAAAUUCAGGCACUGACCUCUCCUUAUUUGGACAACACCAAUAAUCCACACUCUGUAACUUCAAACAGGAUGGAGAAGAUAGUAAGAAUCAGGAAAAGGACUUGAAGAGUAGAGGCUUGUGCUUGGUUCCAAUAUCAUGCACCCAACAUGUUGGAACUCAAGAUAAUCAUCAUGCUGCCGGUUACUGGCCAUCACCAUUUGCCACCGGAUCUUAAUCUCUUUUAAUUUGGAAUCCUUGUGGAAAAGAAAAGGUUGAUUGCUCAAGAUGCUACACAUAUGUCGUUCAUGAUUAUUAUUAUUGUUACGGGAUCGGAAUAUAUAAAACUAGCAAUGGAGUAAUCUCUCUAAUCUAGUUAGGAAUUCAAUAAUUGCAUAUUGAGUUCACUAUAUAUUUCUUUAAUUUGUUAUUCAAUGAUGAUAGUUUUAUUUUAUUUUAUUUUUCUUUUUCA